CUGUAACGAUGAACAAACUUAUCUUAAUUCAAUAAAAUAAUGUUAUUAAUCUUAUGAGUGUACAUUUGAAAUAUUAAGUGGUCAAUAAAAGAUCCAUUGACCUCGUACUUUUGUUAUUGGCGAUUUUCCGUGAUGUGUGAGUGACUUCGUGAUACAAUAAGUUCGAUGCGUGUGUGUGUGAUUCGUUAAAAUAGGUGGGAAAAUGAGUUUGAAGAGAGAGCUGGAGUUCGGAGAGAGCAAGGCUAAAGAUAGUUCUUGCUAUUUUUGCAAUGAUAUGUUUGAGAUGGGGAAGCUACAGAACCACUUGAAGCAAUGUGGCAGUAUACUGGAGCAGUGCCCGCUCCGCUGCGGCGCGUGGAUACAGAGGAAACACAAGGAGACACACGUGAAAGAAUGCCCACAAAUGGAAAAGACUCGUAACGUCUCGUCUCCAAGUCACGUGCGUGUCUCCGACCCGACGCCACCUAUCGUCAUUAACCACACAUGGAAUCCAAGAUCAAUACCUCUGGAAGAUUGCGUCUCUUUCCUUGAAAAAGAAGUAGCUUCAAUCAAAUUAAUAAUAACUGAAGAGUCGAGCCAUCGCGAUGUCCAAUCCACUGAGUUAGAAAACCUUCGCUCCAAACUGGUGCUGGUGGAGGAGCGUUCGCAGCACUUUCUCUCUACCAUCGUGAGCCUGCGUUCGGCCGUGGAUGACGAGGCUGAAAGAGCUGCCAACUGGGCGGCACAGUUCAAACAUGAUUUGGCUAAUGUGCAGCUGGCAUUACAGGAACUCCAAAGUCAGCAGCUGAACACAGUGAUGCGGCUGGAGAGUGCUGUCAGCAGCCUGGUCCACGAACAGCGCGAGAGGGAGCUGCUUGAGCAAGCCUUGACACAACACGACAAUAGAAUCCGCACCAUUAAAAGUCUUGAGGAGGUAAUAGAGUACAUAAAGCAGACAGUUGAAGAAGAGAGGGAGAGGAAUGCAGAGAGUCGUGCGAUGCUGGAGAGCGAGCUCAUUGAGACGCGCCGGUCCUCUGAGCAGCUGGGGCAGCUGUCGAAUCUGAGGAUGCAGCUACAAAAUGCCGCUACUGGAGACCGACCUACGAUAGACCGGCUAGCCGUGCUGGAGGUGGCGACGGCGAGCGCGCGCGCCGACGCGACGGAGCACGCCGCGCGCGCCGACAUGCUCGCCCGCGACCUGCGCGCGCUCACCAAGUCCUACCAUAAGAUACGCAGCGAGCUCGCCGACUUCCAGACUAGAAUCUCCCUGGACAGCCCCGAGUUCGGAGGAGAUAACGGUCAUCUAAUAUGGCGAAUAGACAAAUUUUCCGUUCGAAUGAAAGAAGCAAAAGAAAACGACGCAGUACUAACGAGCCCACUUUUCCGAACAAACAAAUACGGUUACACACUUAAGGCUGAAGUAAAUCUAAACGGCAUAGGCAAGUGGAAGGGGCGCCACAUCACCAGCACGGUGCGCCUCGUGGCCGGCCCCUACGACGCGCUGCUGGACUGGCCGUGCCAGCUGUCCGUCAACAUCGUGCUCAAGGACCAGCCAGCUAAGCGCAGUCAGGCGAAUGACAUAGUGAAAUCUCUAGACCUCCGUCGCAAGUCAUCCUCGACGCGGCAUGACUACGACGACAGCGGAGAAGACAGAUACAGGUCCACGGAGACUCUGGACAAGAGCAUCAUACAGUUGAAGAGGCAGUACAUCUUUAUACCACACACUAGUUUGGACAAAUUCGAAUAUAUUAAAAAUGAUACAAUGUUCUUCGAGUUCCUUGUUAAUCACUAAAUAGUAUUUGAGAUUUUGAAU